AUGGCCAUUGACCGUAGGCAAAUGGAAGCCCCGACGGCCGAGGAGGAGGACGCCCGGCUGGAUAUAUGCGCCGACCUCACAGAGCGCCUAGCACCUCUCGGUUCCAGCCUUGGUGGAACCCUAGCAGCUGAGGCGCACGGCGCAUUCCUCAUGGGUUGCUUCAACAGCUCCUCAACUUUGGAAGUGGCUGUGACGGGCAAACUGCCAGGCUCAGCUGACCCGAAGCUCCUGGUCGAUGUGGGCACCUUUGGCGACUCCGGCUUUGAACACGCCAGCAGUGGCAUUCCUGUGCGGCUGUGUAUCGCUUAUCCUAACUUCGCCCUCCGGCCCCUGGUGGUGCGAGGGUUGGCAAUGCUGGAGCCCCGACUGCGUAGCCUCAUACAAUUGGUAGAGUUGUGGGCUGAAGCACGGAGUCUGAACAAUCCCGCUGCGGGUACCUUCAAUUCCUGGGCGCUUGUCAACCUGGUCAUCUUUGCGGCCCAGACCUUCCAGCCUCGGCCGCUGCUGCCGCCCCUCUGGCGGGUCUGUGGAGCUGCAGACCCCGCAGCCAGCGGGGGCGGUACGGCAGUGCCAGGCCCCGGAGCCGGAGGAAGCGGGACGUCAUCUUGCGCCGGUGGCGCCGCCGCCGUGGCGACGGCGGCGGGCUCCGGUGGUAUUGGCGGCGGCGGUACCAGUAGUGGCGGCGCCGGCGGGGUACGGCCCACGCAGCGGCUACCGGGCUUAACGGCUUCAUCCGAGGGAUUGGGGAUACUGUUGCGGGACAUCAAUGCAAGGCUCACUGGGCCGCCCGAAGCUCUGGGGCUGCUGCCACCACCUGCUCCUGGUGCUGCUGCUGCUGCCGGCGGCGGCGGCGGCGGCGGCAACAGCCAGGCGGGUCAGGUCUCGUCAUGUGAUACUGAUGCCACAGCUACAGCUGCGGGUUUGUUUCCUGUAUUCCAUUGGUUUCUGGUGCUAUUGGACAGACUGCUGGCGCAUUGGCAACUGUCAUGGAACAGGCGGUGGCGUGUAUCGACCUGGUGGGGUCACCUGGUCCAGCAGCCCUUCAACAGGGCCUUCCUGGUGCCCCUGGAGUGCCCCUUCGACCCCGCGGACAAUGCGGCCAAGAGCCUAGGGUGCGAGAACCAGCCCAGGCACCAGCAGGUGUUGCGGGGGGUGGUGGCGGAAGUGGCGGCCUCGCUCAAGCUGCUACAGGAGACAAGGACGCCGGAAGAUUUGGACCGGCUCGUUCUGGGGAUGUUUGGCCUCGAGGUGGAGCACCUCUACUUGGAAGAGGAGGGGGAGGAGGGGGGGGUAGUGGCGGCUGGGCUUAGUGAGGAGGGGAUGCCGGUGGAGGAGGAGGAAGAAGAAGCGGCGGCGGCGGCAGACGUACAGCAGUACGGUCGUUGUGCAGCGGCAGCAACAGCGCCAACAGCAGCAGAUAUGGAGGGAGAGCCGGGCGCGCCGCGACUGCACGGCCAAUCGUCGCCGCGGGAGCUGGAGGACGCGGCAGCCGCUGCCGACGCGACGUCCGCUACCGCGCGUAAUGAAAGUGGUGCUAGUAGCCCUGCGGCGCAGGUACGACAGUCUCUGGCAGAAAGAAAGGGGAAUCCCUCCGUAACGCCGGCGAAGGUGCGAACUGGCAGCUCCGCCGCCAUGGCGUCGCCGCCGGAGGGUGGGACUCGCAGUAGUGACAGCAAGGCCAAAAGCAAGGCUCAGCGGUGCCGGGCAUCUCCGUCGGCAGGGGCGGCGCCGGCGGCAGCGGCAGCCGCUACCACCGCGCAAGGUACGGCUCAAAAGGACGAGCACUCUGCCGGCGACCUGGCGUUUGACCUCGACGCUGUGAGAGUGGAGAUCUAUGGCGUCAAUGACGCCGCUGCUGGUGCUGCUGCUGCCGCGGGUACGGCGACUGUACGGCUACCCCCGUCGGCUGCUGCAGCAGCACUACCCAUCGCCGCCGCGACGCCGGCGGUGCUGCGCGCCAACGCAAUGGUCCAGCGGCCGUUGUCGCCGUUGCUUCGUGACGUCACCAAUGCACGACAGUACGGCCGCAGCUCCCAGAGUAGCGCCCCCGAGCCCAAGGCUGGGCCUUCCGCCACCGCCACCGCCGCCACCUCCACCACGCAGUCCCCCGGCGGACCUGGAGAAUCUCUACUGCCGUUUGAGGGCCUUUUUGGGACCUUGCUGGAGGGCGCUCGCCGCCUGUUUGACAACAUGGCUCAGGGUAUGGUUGAGUUGGGGGAGGAUCUCAACGAGCUCGCCGCCACCACCACCGCCGCCAUCCGUGCCGUCAUCAACGACGACGAAGACCUGCCCCUCCUGGGAUCUUCGUCCGCAGCGCUCCGCCGCCAGCGCCGCCAGCGUCUACAGCUGCUGCACCGUGGUGGUGGCGGCACUCCCGCCGCCGCGGCGGCGGCGGCGGCAUCAUCCUCAGGCGUGUCGCCCGGUACCUCAACCUCCGGAUCGCCAUAUCCGCAGCAGCAGCAGCAGGCGGCACAGAUACAUUCGCAGGCCAAGCAACGCCCCGCCGGGUCGCCGGCGCCGUCGGGGAUUGCCUCCGCGGGGCGGCGGGGAACCGUACAGCCAGGGCGGCCAUCGCCCCUGCGCCCUGGGGAGCGAGGCGCUGGUACGGCAUGGCCAGGGGCUGGGAGUACGACACCAGGCCAGCGGGAGCCGCCAUCCCCGGGGCUAGGGACGCCUAGCGCCAAGGAAGUGGUGGCGGCGGCUAGUCCCUGCCAGGUGCGCAGCGGGCCUAGGCGGCGGGGUGAAGAGGUAGCUGCUGCGUUGACGAUGGCAGCGGCGCUGUCGCCGACGCCGACACCGCCGCCGCAGCAGCAAGAGCCGCUGACCUCGAUAUCCGUUGCCGACGGCUGUGGCGACAUAAAACUCCGCGAAUUGGGCACGAUGGAAGAUUUCGUACCGGAGGAUUCACAGUCUGCCAGCACAAGGGCAGGUACUGGCAUCGUCCCGUCCGCUGCCGCCGCUGCGUCAGCGAAUGGGGACGCGACCUCAGACACAGCGACGGAGGCCGCGGGCGCCUUAUCGGGCCCUAGCAUCAGCGGCCAGACCGCCGCCGCCACUGCCGCCAUCAGCGGAGUCCCCGUCACGCUCCGUACGACGCCGGUAAGUGCCUUUGAUCACCCCUUGGCCUGCAGCUCAAUGGUUGUCACCGGUACGGACGCGUCUGAGCCGCGGCCGCCGCCUAUGGCGGCGGCAGCGCCUGCCGCCGCCUCGUUGACUGAUGGGAUGGCAUUGGCAGCCGACGCUGUGGCGGACGUUGUGGAUAUGCCACCGUAUGGCGGCUGCGAUGCGGCGGCGGUGCCGCCGCCGCGGCAGCCGGCGCAGGCUGCGUCAGCGGCGGCGUUGGCGCUGCCGCCGCUUUCUGUGGGUCUGCUACGGCAAGAUUCUCAAAACAGCAGCGCUGCAAUGGCGGCAGUGGGAGAGUGCGUGACGGAGCCGCCGCCGGCCAGCAGCGGCGGCGGGGCCGGGGUCAGGGCCGGUGCGGCGCGCAACGCGCCUCCGCCACCACCGCCGCUACCGCCGCCGCCGCGGGCACCCGUGGGCAUGGGGGGGCUACGUGUCAAGAGCGCCACGUUCCGAAAGUGGGCGGGGUACCAUGACACGUCAAAUCGUACCCUGAUCCAGCUGAGCUCGGGGCGGCUUCAGGAACUGGCGGAGUGUAUCGACAGGGCGGGACCGGGCACCACUAUUGACAUGCAGGGAAACACCUUCACGGGGCCCCUGGCCGCGCCCGCCAUGAAGUACUUCUCACGCUUUUUUGGCCUUCACCCGUUUGGAAAGGUUACGGCACCCGGCUUGUGGCUCAUUAACGGGGAGCUGGCGUUGGUUCCGGAGCAGCAGCUCGUGGUGGUGGCCAAGGCGUCGUACGUUGGUGGCGGAGAGCUAAUAUUGACGCGGUGCCAAUUGCUGCUUCCGGCCAGUCGCGGCGUUGGGUUGCAGGUGAAGGGCAAGGGCUGCAGCGCCGUGCUGGAGGGCUGCAUGGUGCGCGGGACAGCGUUGGCUGCCGUACAGGCCUCCGACGCCGCGGUGUCGCUGAGCGGGUGUACCCUGGAGGGUGGGUCGGGCCACGGCGUGUGCUGCAGGGAUAACGCCGCCGUGACGGCAGCGGACUGCCAGCUGCACCGCUUUGGUGGCGCCGCUGCGGCGGUGCUAGCGGGGGGUUCCCUGGAGUUCACCGGCUGCAAACUCAGCGGCAGCGCCGCCAGUGACGUUGGCGACGACGACGCGGCCACAGCUGCCCUGGAUGCGGGGUUUCGGAGCCAGGCGGCUCUGGUAGUUACGGCUGGUGCCUGUGUUAGUCUGGAGGACUGCAGAGUGAUGGGGAGUUACCAGGGGGCUGUGGUGGGCACACGCGGAGGGCGGCUCCUGGCGACGCGUUGUGAGCUGUCCUCUCACACCUCCCACGGACUGUCCAUUGGAGAGGGCGCCACCGCUGACCUGCGGGAGUGCCGACUGCAGAGCAACGGCGGCUCAGGACUGCGGGUCGGCGGCGUGGGCUCCAUGGCCGUACUGCGCAGCUGCCAGCUAUCGGACAACGCCGGCAGCGGCGUCACGGUGGCGGCGGGCGGCAUCGCGAACCUGGAUAGAUGCACGGCCGGCGCUAACGGCAUCAUCACGGGCGCCGCUGCCGGCGGGUGUGGGGGGGCGGGCAGUGGGUGUGUGGGAGGCCACGGGUUGCACGUGGACGGCGGCGGAGCGCGUGUCGUGGCGCAGCGGUGCGGGUUUUCCGGCAAUGCCGGUGCCGGGCUAAUGGGAUGUGGCAUCUACGGCAAUAGCGCAGCGUCGUCGUCGUCGUUGUCAAAGAGCCAACAUCGUCGGGGUCACAGCGGCAGCAGCGGCGAGGGCGACGCUGCAGUUGUGUCGGUCGAAGCCGGGCCAGGGUUUGCGGAUGCGGAUCUGGGUGCUUGUGGCGGGGAGGAAGGAACCGCGGGAGGUGAUACGGGUGGCACGGGUGUUGAGGUGGAGGUGGAGGCGCACGGCCGUAUUUCGUUGACCGGGGGAUGUGGCUGGGGGCCUACGUCUGGGGCAGACGGUGGCGGCGGUGGAGGUGGUGGCGGAUGUGUGGUGGCUGCAGCAGGGGGCCCGGAGAGGGGCUUGUUGGUGGCGGGGUUGGGUUGCUUGGAGCGGUUGGAAGGUGGCUGA